UUCUCUCCUUUUGUUUCCGACCUUGGCUUGCCGUACUGCUGCUCUCAACAGUUCUCUCUCUCGGAUUAGUAGUUAGAUAAUUGCUAUGGGUUUCCAUAUAAACCCAUGCUCCCUUUUACUACCUUUUUACUUUUGUUUCUUUCAAACUUCUCGCUUCUGCAAGAAGAAAGUCGUUUUCGAGGGGAAAAAAAUAUAAAAAAGAAAAGUCUUCCUAUUUUUGAGAGAAGAAGAAGAGGAAAGAUCGCCCAUGAACUAUGAUCAUCGCUUUUUUUUUUUCUGAAAGGAGCGGUAGUGUUUGAAAGUUGAUCCAAUGGACACUGUAGCGAGUCAAUCAUCGUCAUCGUCAUCGUCCGUUAUGUUUUAUGAUUUUCUUGAUAAAAUGCGGAAUCCUGCUUCUCUCAAUCUAGUCAAAUCCAUUAAAAGCUUCAUUGUAUCAUUCCAAUUUUCUUCUGCCAACCCUGAAAAUGAUAGCAAAAGGGUACAAGAGUUUUUCUCAACAAUGGAAGCAGCUAUCAUGGAACAUCCAUUAUGGGCAGGUGCCACUGAUGAUGAAUUUGAUUGCUCAAUGGAGGGACUGGAGAAAUACAUCAUGACGAAAUUGUUCUCCCGAACAUUUGCUAUUUCUCCCGAGGAUGUGCAGAUUGACCAAGAGAUCUCUGAGAAGAUACACAUGUUGCAAUCCUUUUUACGGCCUGAGCAUUUGGAUAUUCCUCCAUUUCUUCAGAAUGAAGCUUCAUGGCUGCUUGCAGAGAAGGAAUUGCAGAAGAUCAAUGCUUUCAGAGCUCCUCGUGAGAAGCUUCACUGUAUUAUGAGUUGCUGCAGGAUCAUCAACAAUUUGCUGCUUAAUGCAUCGAUGUCCGAAAAUCAUGUAGUAGGAGGGGCUGAUGACUUUCUUCCUGUUCUUAUAUAUGUCACAAUCAAGGCCAAUCCUCCUCAGUUGCAUUCAAACCUCAAAUACAUCCAAUUGUACAGAAGGCAAGAAAAAAUGGUAUCCGAACCAGCUUAUUAUUUCACGAAUCUUGUCUCAGCCAAGUCCUUUAUUGUCCAGUUAGAUGCCAAAUCUCUUUCUAUGGAUGAAAUUGAAUUUGAAGAGAGCAUGCAAGCAGCUAAAUUGGACUGCAAGGUAUCACAAUUAGAAGCUUCACAGGCACAGACAGAUCCUCUUCCUUCUACAAGAAUGCAUGGCAUGAAAACAAAUAUAGAUGGCAGAUCAAAUUAUCCAUAUAUGGAAGCUGAGCCUGGUGAACUGACUGUUGAAGAUGUGGAAAGAUUGCUGAGUCUGUACAAAGAUGUGGUUACAAAGUACUCUAACCUCUGCAGGGCUGUUAGGCAUCCCUCUGCAACCAGAACAGGACCAUCCCUUCCUGUUCCUAAAGGGAGAGAUGACAUUUUAUUGCAACUUGAGGGACAAGCACAAAUGAUCCGAGAGGAGAAGGCAGAGGUCAGUGAUACACCGAAAGGAUGCUGAGGCUUUGAGUGCUAAGAAAGUUGAUGGUUUUCAAUUUAAUCUCAUGUAAAGCAUCAAGUAUGAUCGACUUUUGGCAGAAGUAUGUUUUGCACUUUCAAUUCGUUUCAUAUCGGUAAUAUUUCCAGAAAUGGACCUUUGAUAACAAUCUACUUAAGACAAUGCAACUUCCAAAGGCUCAUCUUCUAGUCAGUUCUGAUCAUCAAACCGAGGAAAGUUGAAUCAAAUCUAUUUACUGACAUGUUCCUUUAUAAUAU